GCUUACCCGGCGUAAUAGGCGACUGCUGUCAGAUGAAAUCUCACCAUGGCAAACUUCAUAUCUCUGCCAAUAUUUGCUGUUAUAAACUUGCUCUUUUUGCUGCCGGUGGUGCACAGCAACAGCUUUGAGACAAAAGCCACUCAGUUCUUCAGCAGCGGUCACACCAACAACUGGGCAGUUCUGGUUUGCACGUCUAGGUUCUGGUUUAACUAUCGCCAUGUUGCCAACGUCCUGUCUGUGUACAGGAGUGUGAAGAGGCUGGGCAUUCCAGACAGUCACAUCGUGCUGAUGCUAGCUGAUGACAUGGCCUGUAACCACAGAAAUCCCAAGCCAGCCACCGUGUUUAGCCACAAGAACAUGGAGCUGAACGUGUACGGUGACGAUGUGGAGGUGGAUUAUCGUGGAUACGAGGUCACUGUGGAGAAUUUUCUGCGAGUUCUAACAGGAAGACUCCCACCCAGCACCCCUCGGUCCAAACGGCUACUGUCUGACGACCGCAGCAACAUCCUCAUCUACCUGACAGGUCAUGGUGGGAACGGCUUUCUGAAGUUCCAGGACUCGGAGGAGAUCAGCAACGUGGAGCUUGCUGAUGCUUUUGAGCAGAUGUGGCAGAAGCGAAGGUACAACGAGUUGCUGUUCAUAAUUGACACCUGCCAGGGAGCUUCCAUGUACGAGAGGUUUUACUCGCCCAACAUCAUGGCCCUCGCUAGUAGCCAAGUUGGAGAGGACUCGCUUUCACACCAGCCAGACCUUGCCAUAGGGGUUCACUUGAUGGACAGAUACACCUUCUACCUACUGGAAUUCCUGGAAGACAUCCAUCCUGCUAGCCAGGCUAACAUGAAUGAUCUGUUCAAGGUGUGCCCGAAAAGCCAGUGUGUGUCCACCCCGGGUCACCGCACUGACCUGUUCCUGCGAGACCCCGGAAGCGUGCUCAUCACCGAUUUCUUCGGAAGCGUCCGCAAAGUGGAGAUCACCCGAGAAGCCGUCAAUUUAACCUCCGCCGCAGAGCAGCCAGUGGAAGUGACGUCCAUCAGAAAAGAGCCGAAGACUGAACCCCUGUCUUACGUGGACCAAUUGCCAGUAGCUGAAAUCAUUCAUCAGAAACCCAAGCAGAAGGACUGGCAUCCUCCUGACGGCUUCAUCCUGGGCCUGUGGACCCUCAUCCUGCUGGUGUUCUUUAAGACCUACGGCAUCAAACACCUCAAACACAUCUUCUGAGGGACCGUACUGCCCACCUUCCUGGAAUGCUUGAGCAACCCUUCCUGCCUGCCUGGCGCUCAUGAAUUCUUAUUUUUAUUUGUCCGCCUAAUUAAACUUUUAUUGGCGGUGGGUUUAUGGUCUGCACUCGUUCUUUUUAAAAGUCCUUGCUUUUUUUUUUCCUACCUGGACUGAAGGUGAUCUUUGAAAAGACUUUGUCCUCUGCAUUGCGAGCUGUAAUCUAGUUGAAUUUCAGUGCAGGGACUUUGUUUUGAAAUGAAGGGGCAUACAGGCAGCCUGCAGUGAGAAGCAUUUUUAACGGGGGGGGUUGUUUUUCCCACCUAUGUUGGUUUAAUCCUCAGAUACAGCCAGCCAAGGACACUUCGGUCAAACUCACUUUGGAACUUCUGCAUUCAUUUCAAGAGGAAUUCCCGAUCUUUAGCAGUGACGGUGUGCCACUGUCUUCCUUUUAACUAUCAGUCAUCACUUCUGUGGGGAGUAAAUGUGACAACAGCUUGAAAUCUCCUCUUUAUCUUCUGUAAAUACUGUAAAAACCUUCUAGGUUUAACUCUAAUGCACUGAAAUGAGGUUUAUGUACUUGAUCAGCUGUUUGGAAUUUGCUAGACAUUUUUAAUACAACACCACGACUCUUAAGUGA